UGCCGCGCGUUACGAAAGACCGGACGAUCUCUCGCGGGGAAGCCGUUUCCCGAUCGUUCAAUCGACGACCGCCGUGCCGCCGUCCGCUCUACACAGUCACGCACGGUGGUGGCUGACGACGCGAUGCUAUACGACAUCAAAUGGAUCAUCCCGCGACUACGGAAUCCGUCCCGUUUGUGGAACAUCGCGAGCAGCAUAACCUUCGCGGCGGUGGGCAUUUUCUCCAAAAUCAUCAUAGGCAUCUCAUGGCGAAACCAAGAAUGGCUGAACAAAACGACGGUGUACAACAAGCACAUUAUCGUGCGCGCCUUAGACCUUCGGCCGAAAAACGUUCCGCUCAUUACCGUGUCGAAUCAUCACAGUUGCUUCGACGAUCCGGGGAUAUGGGCGACCCUGGACAUCCAGCACAGCUUUAAUCGACGUAAGAUGCGAUGGUCGCUCGCCGCCCAGGACAUUUGUUUCACGAAUGCCUGGCAUUCCUACUUUUUCAUGCUCGGCAAGUGCAUACCCAUCGUCAGAGGUGACGGCGUGUAUCAGGAAGCCAUGGAUUUCUGCAUCGAAAGGUUGGCCAGUGGCGAGUGGGUGCACGUCUUUCCCGAAGGAAAAGUCAAUAUGCUUAAGGAAGAUAUGAGGUUGAAAUGGGGCGUGGGUAGAUUAAUACUAGAAUCGCCCGUCUUGCCUAUCGUAAUUCCUAUCUGCCAUCUCGGUAUGGAUGAAGUACUUCCUAACGAGCCACCCUAUAUGUUUAAAACGGGAAAGAGAGUUACCAUGAAUUACGGUGAACCCAUAGAUUUUAGUGGAUUGCUGGCUGAAUUGCGGGCGUCGAGAGUGAGCGAGAUGGAGGCAAGAAAAACGAUAACUGAUCGUAUUCAAGAAGAACUUUCAAGAUUGAAAGCAGUAACGGAAAAGCUUCACGCUAAGUUAUGACGAAGAUGAUUUUUUUUCCGUCGUCCCAAUGUCUAGCCUUAAUUUACCAAAAAUAUAAAGAGAUGUUUAAUUGCGUGAUCAAGAGUGAGAUUUGUCUAUGAACAAUCUGUAUGAGAUCAGUUUCCUUUUUUAAAGCAUUAUGAUCAUAUUGUAA